AUCAGAAAACAUUUGAAGAAUUGUAGUGAGCUCCCCGCCCCUUCCUUCUGCUUGAAACACAGAACAGUUUCUGUCAAGCCAGUUCGAGUGGUUUCGUUUCAUUUAAAGGGAGACUGUCACUUUGUGCAGUCGAGAACUUGGUAAAAAGCUGGUUUAUAAAAUUACAAGAGCCAGGCUUGAUUCAAGGUGUCUAUAAGGAGAGUGCACAAGAAAGUUCAUGCAAAGAGGACUUGGACUUGCCUCCUCCAGGGGGUGUGUGUGUGUGAUCUGUGCUCAGCAAAUGAAAGGCUGUUUGCAUGCAUAUGGAGAUUUCACUUUUAAGGAACUUCUUCAGUUGUGUUAAUUGUGAAGAGAUCUGACCAUUUACCUGAAGACACAGCACAACCCUGUUUCUAGGAACUUCCAGAGGUCAUUGCAAGAGCUGGUGGAACUCAAUUGCUUCUACAUUGGUGCCAACUGCAGGGGGGGUUGAUGGGUGCCUUCUGUUAACUGGAGAUUCCAUUCCAUCCAAAGUGCUUCCAGGACCCAUUGAUAAGGGAUUGAGAUCCAUCUAUUCUUUACAUUGGAUGUUUUGACCUGAUCUCUCUUGAGAAGCCAACUGUAGACUACUUUGGGCUUAGGGGAAGUCUCUCAGCCUUACCAUGAGGACCCCUACAGUGAUGAUCAUUGGGAUGGUGUUUGCUCCCUGUGGACUGGUACUGAACCUCACUUCAACAGUAGCCCCUAACUGGAGGCAGAUUAGUGGCCUUAAUAAUAACCCCUCCGAUACAUCAUACCACCAGGGUCUCUGGGAUAUCUGCAAGCAGAGUUUGGGCACUGCAAGCUCCUCUUCCAACUUUAUUUGUGGACAAAGCAACACAGCUUACUUCAGCCUACAAGAAGUACAGAUUGCCCGGGGUUUAAUGAUUGCAUCUCUGGUUGUUACUGUCUUAGGUAUUGCUUUAGCAUCUGUCGGUGUCCGCUGUUGGCGAGACACACCCAUCUAUCUGAUGGCUGGGCUCGGUGGAUUGGUGAUCUUCAUCUCCGGGAUACUAAGUCUCAUUGCUGUCUCUUGGUACAACAAUGAUAUGUACACCAUGGGAGGAAUAGAUAAUCUGGCCAGCACUUCUACCAUCCAAGUUGACUAUGCCCUGGUGCUUGGGUAUCUUGGAAGCUGUAUGGAGAUAAUAGGUGGCUUUUCGCUUUCUUUGAGCCUUGUUCACUCCUGCAAGAAGUGCAUGGAGAAACGAGGCAAGUCACCUGCUGCCAUACAUUACAGCAAGAAGAAUAAGUACGCUCAGAAUCCCAUUAAAACAACUUACCCAGGGUCAACGGUCUACAGUGUGCGUGCUGAUAGCCCAGCUAGGGACCACGGUGCCACCAACUUGGGCUACAGUAUAGGCAAUGAUAACUAUCGGUAUGGGGAUGGCGGCCGGCGUGCUAAUUCUGUGGUCACUAACCCCAGGUCCUACACCAACUCCGUGGAUGUCAUGGAAGGGGAGCGUCCUAGAAGCUACGGGAGACCAGGGAGCCAAUUGAGCUCCCUGCCAUGCGACUCUGAUUUGUUGUGAUUGACCCCAUAAUGGCAGAGAAAGGUUCCGCCACCAUGCUAACUUGCACAUUUUGGACAUUCAAUAGUCAGAUGAAUAAUACUACUGAAAAGUAACAUAUCAUGAAGGAAUCAAAUGUAAAAUUGCGCUUUUUAAAAUUUUAUUAUUUGCAAAUGUUUGUGUUUUUAUAUUUAACAUAGAAACUUGUUCUAUGAAGAAAGAGGAUUGUAAAAUUUGAAUUUGCCUUAAAAAGUGCCAUAACGCCAAUUAACUCUGGAGACUCACGUAUGCAGUUCAAAUGAAUGUGUGUCCUAGGUUCAGAUGUUGUGACUCUUAUGUUUUUCUACUUGUGACAUGAUGUGUACAAUUGAAGUGUCAUUUUUUUUUAAUUCCCAGGAGCCUUAAUAUAGGUACUAAUCCAGCUUUGGCUUUUGCAAUAGUUCCAUUCAGCCCAAGUAUCCGGAAUAAACUAAACAGCAGUGGGUAGCAGGUUUAGUCGGUUAAUUAAUUCAGAAUGAAUGGAGCAGUCAGGGUGUAGUUACAAACUCCCCAGGCACACUAUGCUCUUUGCCAAGUUUUAGUUUUUUUGAAAAAGCAGAUUUUUUUUUGUCAUUACACUAAUCAUCCAAUCACUGUAUACAUUCACCGUUUUGAAUUUUUUUUUUAUUAAUAUGCAUAUUUGUUUUUUUUAUUGUAAAGUGUAAGCAAUGUAUUAUAAUGAUCAUUACACAUAAAACCUCUAAGGCUACCUCUAAAAUAAUACUGUCUUAUAAUAACCAAAAUCAGCACCUUGAGAAAUAAAUUUAAAUACGUCAGUUUUAUUGUUGAGUCAAUUUAUUAUGGUUUUCAUUGAUAUUCAAUAAAGUGAGAAUUUUUUAUGAAUCCAAAUUAAAUUGAAAUUUUAAGGCCAAACUGAAAAAAAUAUC